CUGGAUUCGGCGUGGUCUGCUGAGCCGGCUAGGGUCGGGACGCUGCAAGCGGCGGGAUGUCUUGGUCCGGCCUUCUUCGUGGCCUCAGCAUGUCCCUAAGUUAUGCCCUAGUCCCCCGGCCUUGGGCCACGCGUUCCAUGGCCACCCUGAACCAGAUGCACCGGCGGGGGCCUCCGAAGCAUCCGCCUUCGAAAAUAGGCCCCACAGAGGGAUGGCCGCAGCUGAAAGGCGUGGUCCUGCGCGAGUUCAUCCGCAAGCCAAAGAAGCCCAACUCGGCCAACCGCAAGUGCUGCCGCGUGUGGUUCAGCACCGGCCGGGAGGCUGUCUGCUUCAUCCCCGGAGAGGGCCACAACCUCCAGGAGCACCACGUCGUGCUUGUGCAGGGCGGCCGCACUCAGGACCUGCCCGGCGUCAAGCUCACCAUCGUGCGUGGCAAGUACGACUGUGCCCACGUGCAGAAGAAGAAGUGACCGCCCCCCUCCCCCCCAGGACACCGCGGGUGGGUGUUCACGGCCUAACAAGAACCUUCCCCUCCAGGCUCCUGCAGUGUCCUGGGGAAGCUCGUCCAGCUCUGGAAGUAGCUGGUCCUGGUCCAAAGCCCCGCCACCUCUUCCAUCAAGACCACCCUUAACUCGUAGUGGUCCUGGGUGUGAAUCAGAAAAAAGGCACCCCUCUCCCAGUGCUGGCGCCAGGGACCUCUUCUGCUGGGACAAGAUGCUGCACUUCCAACUACUGGGGAGGGGUUGCAGUAAACACAGACUGACCCCCCCCCUUGUGACCUGAACCCCCUCGUGUGGUAUUUGCCCUCUGUGUGGUCUUGGCUACAGACAUGCCUUCUGGCCUCAGUUUCCUCCUGCAGAAAACAAUAGCUCCACCCUUUUUGUGAGUUUGGUGAAGAUUAAAGAUGCUUUAUGUGCAUAACGCAAAAAAAAAAAAAAAGAAAAUAAGUAAUA